AUGAAUGCCGUAAUAUUCAACGGACCGCGGAAGAUAGACAUCGAAAAACGCCCAAAGCCCGCUCUCAUAGAUCCUGCGGAUGCUAUUGUCAAGGUGACCUCGGCAGGUAUUUGCGGCUCGGAGCUGCAUAUGUAUCGAGGUCAUCAGAAAACGGCGACAGGGCAUAUUAUGGGUCACGAAUUUGUAGGAUUUAUCGAAGAGGUAGGAUCAGAGGUACAAAAUUUCAACGUUGGUCAAAAGGUAGUUUGUACGUUUUCUCCGGUUUGCAUGUCCUGCUGGUUUUGUCAGCAUGGCUACAGCAAUAGAUGUCCCGAGGGACUGGCACCAUUUGGCUCACAGGGUUUGGCUGGAGGUCAGGCGGAGUACGUUCGGGUACCACUUGCGGACGGCACAUUGAAAUCGACGCCAGAUGGUAUCGAUGACGAACUCUUGAUUAUGAUGUGCGAUAUCUUUCCCACGGGAUACUACGGCGCGAUGAGAGCCAUCGAAUGUUUCCGCUCGGCAGAUCUGGCGAAUGCAAACGCGGUCUUCGUGUGCCUUGGGUGUGGCCCGGUAGGACUCUGUGCCAUCUUGACGGCGCGGUCCAAAGGGGUGAGGACUAUCUACGUUGUCGAUAGCAUCGACGAUAGAUUGGACCAGGCGGCGAAACUCGGUGGUCUUCCGCUCAAGCUGGGUCGGGACGACGUACAAGCGAGAAUUUUGGACGCGACGCAAGGUCGUGGCGCAGACGCAGUCAUUGAAGUUGUUGGAAACAAUGCAGCACUGAGAUCAGCAUUCGAUCUUCUCCGGCCUUGUGGCGUUCUGUCGUCUAUCGGUUUUCACCAGGGGGACCUCCCAUUCACAGCGCUUGAAUGCUACCAGAAGAAUUUGAACAUCAAUUUUGGCCGGGCACCCGUGAGAACAGUCUUUAACGAGGCGAUGGAAGUGGUAGCAGCGAAUAAAGAGAAGCUUGCUAGCAUGGUCACGCAUCGCCUCCCAUUAUCAGAAGCGGCUCAUGGGUAUGAGAUCUUUGAGAGGCAGCUUGCCAGAAAAGUCAUUCUGAAGCCGUGA